AUGUCUGGAAAAGUUCAAGAACCGAAUGAACUAUCGAUUCAACACGCAACCUAUACUACUGUUAACCUACUGGUUCCGAAAACACUUUCGCUCACAUCCGAUGAACAACUUGAAUACGAAAAAUGGCCAUUGAUUAACUAUGAACGAUUAGAGGCCAAAUCAGUUCAGGAACUUCUUUUCGAAGCUGCUUCGGAAAAAGAUUUGAAAAAAUAUCCAGAAAAAUGGAAACUAUUCAGAGAUGAAGCACACAGACAAAAACUGUCAGUUAAGAAGUUAAGAAAAAUGGUUAGCACUCCAGAUAGUGAGAGACAAUGGACCGCUCUUCAUUACGCUGCUGAUUGUAAUAAUGAAGAUUUAUGUAACAUUCUGACGUCGAAAGAAGACAAAUUCCAAUGCAAUGUUAAUGUUCUCGGUGGUAAUGGCGAAAAUGUUCUACACGUGAUAUCUCAAUCGAACUGCAUUUGGAGUAAUCAUUCCAGAACCGGAGGAACACCUCCUCUACUCACCUUGCUUAUUAAAGAACUUGAUGCUCAUAUCAGCCAUGCUGAUGAUGAAGGUCGAACGCCUUUACAUCUGGCUGCAAUGCGAGGCCGAUCUUUCUAUGCCGAAUAUUUGAUCAAACGUGGAGCCAAAGUUGAUGUAUUAAGUAAGCUUAAUUUAAAUGUACUACAUUUUGCUCUCCUUCCUGUAAAUCCAAUGAAUGCAGAAGAACUUGAUUCAUUUGUGACAUAUAUAUUAAAACAAUCGGAGGCAAAAACAAAGCUAUUGGAUCACUGUACGCUAGAUAAUAGAACACCUCUAGUUUUCUUAGCGUUUCAUCCAGCUAUGAUACGUUCGGCACUAGUAGAUAAAAAGGAAGGACAACAGGCAGCUAAAGAUUCUCUUAUGAAGACAUUCACCGAAAAUAUUACAAACAAAAAACAAAUUCUACUUGUAUUCGAUAUGGUCGCACGCCGUAAACAGCCUCAACAGUUUGAUCAUUUAAAACAUCUUUUGGAAAUAUCGAUAUCAAAAUAUGAAAAACAGCGAUUCCACGAUCCGUGGCCAUAUCCAGGACAGAUACUUCAUCUUGCAUGUCGUCACAACAAUGUAGACCUGCUCAGAUGGCUUCUUAAUGAACCAAAAGCAAAGGAAUAUUGCUUCACGGUCAAUAAAGCUGGGUAUACACCAUUGUUGACGGCAGUAUUUUAUAAUGCAAAAACAUGUGUUGAAGAGCUGAUCAAGAGUAUAAAUGAUAAGUCCCAGUCGCCUUUUCUUGCCGUCGGAGCUAUGGAACAAGACAAUAUUUUGCACAUCUGUGCUAAGCGUCAAGUAUCAGAAGCACUUUUCGAAUCAGUCAUCAAAAUUCUCUCUGCGGAAAGCAAAGAAAAAUUAUUACGAGCAAAGGACAAUGACGGUAAUCUUCCAUUGCAUUUAGCAGUGAAAAGGAAUACAGAUAAAGAGUCAUAUAUUUGCAAAAUACUUAUCGAUGAAAUCAAGCAAAUCAAAUCUCUGGAUGAUUCAAAAAGUAAUGGUGGAGGAAUCUCGCAACUACUUGAUAUGUUAUGCAUAAAGAAUCGUCGAGGAAAAACAGCAGCUCACGAAGCAAGCGAACAAGGACAUGAACAUAUUCUUAAAAUCAUGUGGAACGCGCUUUCAUUAGACGAGCAAAAAGAUCGCAAGAGAGGGUUGUUUAUAACAGACGAUCAUAACAGACUUACCUGUUUGCAUAUGGCAGCUAUAAGUGAAAACGAUAAAAGACUCAACGUAGUCAAAUAUUUGGUAGAAGAAGUUCAUGUCGAAAUUGAUGCUAUUGCUGACCGACGGCUCAGUUCACUUCAUCUUGCAUGUGAAUACGGACAUCUUGAUGUAGUUGAUUAUCUUAUCGACAAAGGUGCUUCGAUUACAUUACGUAACGCUCAACUUUUUAAUUGUCUAGAAAUUGCCAUUCAAAAGCAGCAUGAAGACGUAGUGAAAUAUUUAUUACAACGUCCUAAUUGGCGAGAAAUGAUGCGAAAUGCACAGCCGAUUGAAAAUACAGAUGCCUAUGAUACGCCAAUGAGAAAAUUAAUUCGAUACUUGCCUGAUAUAACUAUUUGGAUGAUAGAUGAAAAAUUAACACGGACAGUUGGCGGUCCUGAUCAGAAGACUUUCCAAGAAAUUUAUGAUUACGAAUUCUAUGAAGAUAUGUACGUAAUCAAAGAUUGGUACGCUCAAGGUAAAGUUUUUUUGCAUUCUGAUAUACUGAUGCAUAUUGUAAUAGGUGCCGAGUUACCUCCUGAAGAUACAUCAUGCAAGGCUCGAUGUCAUAAACUCGGUGUUAAUGCUAUAUUUGGGUGUUAUUUUAGAGAUACAUUUUGUAACUCAACUGUUAAAGACGAAAAUUACAUUGACAAGGACGAUAGUCACGCAACAGAUAUGUAUAGUCGUGAUUCUUACACACUAGUACGUAAUAAUCCUCUAUUCAUUGUUUCGGAACAAAAUAAACAUCCGAAAUUAGUCGCACAUCGAUUUCAUCUUCAUUUACGUAAGAAAAUAUUCCGACGAUUCAGCACAUAUUGGUUGGCAUUCUCAUUUCUCUUCUAUAUUAUUCUACUCAGUUUGUGGACUGCAGUGGUUCUUAGUGGCAAACACCCUCAAUAUUUCUAUAGUUUAGCUAACAUCGAUAUGACGCUAGACAUCGAUACAUGUAAACAAGUUUCUGAUAAUCUCGUUUCUCGGAAUGUCGGGGAAGCAUUAAAGACUAAUAGUUAUCAACGCCUUAAAGUAGCAUCUUGA